AUGGUGCCAAUCGAUACCAGUGCUUAUGUGCUACAGGCUUCAUGGGUUUCCACUGCGAGACCAACAUUGAUGAAUGCAUGUCAGGCCCCUGUCUUCACGGGAGGUACACAACGGAAGCUUUCAUUAUCAGUAGAACUGUUAGUGCUUCUCCUGCUGAAAAUAAAACAUAGAUCCAGGGUAGGAGAUGUGUGUUCUUUAUAAAGAUAAAGUGUUGUUUUUUUAAAGGGGGGGAAAUGGUUGCAGAAAUGGAGGAUAUAAAUGGUGUGUAAUGGUGUGUAAUGGUGUGUAAUGGUGUGUAAUGGUGUGUAAUGGCAGGUAAUGGGAAAUAGUGCUUGUGUACUGUACACACGUCGUAUCUGCAUGUCCGUUUGACCUUUAUUACCUCAGUUUAAAUUCCCAUGAAAUAGUGAUUUCAGAUAUUUGCCUUCUCUCAGUGUUUUGUCUUUUAAUAUACUAGAGACCUACACCGGAGUGGGAACUGGGGCUUGGUAAUGCUAUAUAGGUCUGUUUUGUUCCUCUGCUUUUUAAUACAUUUAGAAAGUUUCUCUCCAUCUUCCCAGGUGUAUUGAUGGAGUGGAUGUGUAUCACUGCCAGUGUGAAUGGGGAUGGACUGGUGCCAGAUGUGAAACUAACACUGAUGUGAGUUGAGCUUUAUGAUAGUUGGGUAUCUGGUAAGACCAUCCUACAUGGGACUCAUCAUUACAUAACAUGGUCUCGUUAGAAUAUGUUAAAAUAGUGUCAUUUCGCUAAACAUUGUAGUUAUAUGUCACCCAAACUGACAUGAGUUAUUUGUCAUUUACAGUGACAUAUGACUUAUAUUUCACUAUGGUGACAUAAAAUAGUGUAAUUUCACUAUGGACGCAAGUUUUAUAUUUUGGAAAAGUGACUGUGCAUCGCAUCUCCUUAUUAUACAACAUUCCGAAACAUGCGAACCAGGAAGAUCAAGAUGAUUAGUCACCAUUCUAAUCAGACCAGAGCUGCUCCAGUGUACCGUCUCUCCUCUUUCCCAUCCACAAUCAUAUCGAUUCUCCUACAGCAUCAGUCAAUUGAGCUACAUGAUCAUGUAAGCAUCGUAUAAAUACCUGAUUAAAAGGAAUCGCCUCACCCUAAUCCCUAAUUGAUUUUAAUACCCAGCCCAGCUUCAGUAGGCCUCUAGAGAGAGAACACUGGGCUGAUAGAAUAGAAUGCUAAUGCAGCCGGAAUGUCUCCCUGAGGUUCCGCUCUGGAAUGCACAAUCAGAGGCUCUUAUUGUCUCCACUUAAAGACACCAUUCUAAUCUAGAAUUCUGCACAUACUCUUUUAACUCGUCAUCCAACAUAGUCAAUUACGGAUUUUAACAGUCAUGUUUUCAUAUGCAGGCCUAUGUAUUCAUAUUCAAGUCAUUCUCUUACGAUAUUGUUUAUCUAUAUAUCUGUGUUAGUACCACCUUGCAGUUGGUGGAUAUUUAUAGUUACCAUAUUCGUGUAGAGUAGGUGUGCUAAUCUAGGAUCAGGCCCCCCUGCCCAUGUAAUAUCAAUAAUAUGAUCUAAAAGGUAAACGUGAUCUUAUCCUACAUCAGCACUCCUACUCUGAGACACUUUAUAAAUACAGGCCCCGGUCUCGUGUUUUACUUGAUGCUAUUUUCCCAUCUACAGGAGUGUUCUUCCAGUCCGUGUCUGAAUGGUGGGUCCUGUGUGGACCUGGUUGAUAAAUAUGCAUGUUUCUGUCUGGAUGGAUACAGUGGAAAGAACUGUGACAUUGACAUAGACGUCUGUCUAGAAACCCCCACCAAUGUCUCCCUGUGUUUAAAUGGAGGGACUUGUCUCGAUGGCGAAGGGUCCAAUUUCACCUGCAGGUCAGUGAAUCUAUUCAUCCUGUAGUCAUGUGUAUGUAUAAUACAUAUCAAUAUAUACAUAUCUGUAUUUAAUAUGUACAUGUAGAAACUUUGAUUAUUUUAUAUAUAUAUAUAUAUACUUUUGCUCCAAGGACUCAUUUGAAUAAUCCAUUGUAAAGACUCAUAGAUGCUUAUAACAAGUUACAAAGCCUGAUACCUGUCGGCUGUAAGUGAAGUGGUACAACAUUAUCCACUGUUAUGAAAUGCAUGUUUUGACACAGUCUAUGUAUUAUGAGUUCAGUUAAAUCACCGCCUCCAAUCAGACUAAAGUCACGCUGCCCCCUCUUCUCUCAGAUUGAGAUGCAUCUGAUUGGUUUAAUGUCAUGUUGCCACAGCAACAGAACCAUGUCAUGUCAUUUCCUAUUAACACCCUCUCCCUCCCCUGUGUGAUGGAUGAAGUCUAUCUCAAUCAGAGGAAGGCUGGUCUCACUUUAAACCAGAGGACUGUUCAUAGUAAUGACUGGAAUGGAAUUAAUGAAACACUUCCAAACACAUCAAACACAAUGGUUUCCAUCCGUUUGUCACCGUUCCGUUGAUUCCAGUCCAGCCAUUACUAUGAGCCGUCCUCCUUCCCUUCACAUUCUGAUUACGGACAGAACCUGCACUGCAGUAACAGGGUGUAGAUUUACCACGGCGUGGGUCCCUCGACGUCUUGCUGUUAAUUACACUGUCUUAGCUUUAGCACAUAUGCUCAGGUUCAGGGCCACAAGUCACUGUGCCCUAGUGUAAAGACAGAGGUUCGCGUCCCAAAUAGUACCCUAUUCCCUACAUCUGUUGACCAGAGCCCUACAAGUCCUGGUCUAAAGUAGUGCACUGUAAAGAGGAUAGGCUACCAGUUGGGACACAGACAUGGAAGGGCUGCCUGUCUGCCUGCAGUAAUGUUUUGUCUGUUAUCAACAGUUGUCGCGCUGCAGCAUCUGGCUCUGUAUACUCAAUUAUCAUUCUGUUUGUUUUUGUGAAACGAAUGCUGAAGUUGUAUGCAUAUACUUUACUUUCUCGUAUGCUAGGUUUGCUUUUGGUUAACAAAUGCUGCGUUUUGAUGGGUAUACAGUAUAUGCCAUAUGUUGUAAGUGAUUUUGUAAAGAAGGCCUGUUCUAUUGUCUCCAUUUCCCUGGUGACAAGUCACAUGUCAAUCUAAUGUCUCUUUAACAUGCAUGACACAAUGUGUUGUAAUCAUAAACUAUACGUGAGGGAAUAACACUCUUUCUCAUUAGAUAAUGGAUACAAGCAUGGAUGUUAUAGGUUGCAACCAGCGACAGACUGCAUGUAGUUCAGUCAAUUUGGUAUAUAGAGAUCCAUCCAAUAUUAUGCGUGGUCUCAGGAUUGCAACAGAUUGGAUGGUUGAAUGCGAUGUCUGGAUUUGAUGGCAAUUCAACCAGCCUCGGGGACAAGCAGCAUGGGGACGGUUUAAAUUGCAGUUCAAUUUCCUAGCUUGGUUAACAGUUGGAUGUGGAUGUGUUCCAAAUGCCCUUUCUAGUGCACUAUAUUUUACCAAAACCCAAUGGGCCUCUAGUCAAAAGUAGUGCACUGUUUACAGGUAGGUUGUAGGGUGGUAUUUGGGAUGCAAGUAGUGUCUCCUUGAAGUAAGACGUCCGUCCUCAAUCUCUUGGUGUCUCCAGAGUCCUAUAGGAAUGCAUUUCAGCCACAUUAUUAUAAUACCCAUGGACAUGAAUAGGACGUGAUGGUGAGAAUGCAUUAUAGAGAUUGUUACUCUAUGUUGUGUGUAGUAAAACUGCUUUCCCCGCAAGCUAUCACUGUCAAUACUGCAGAGUAUUUUAGACCAGUUAAAUGCAACUUAUAUGCCACUGCUGAACUUAAUACGGUAACACUUUACUUGACACCCAGCACCAUAACACGUUAUCACCAUGUCAUAAUAUUUCAUAACAGCUGACAUAACUUGUCAUAACCUGUUAUAAUAUGGUCAUAACACUGUCAUGACACAUAUAUUUAGACCUGUUGUGACAUAUAUUUAGUUAUUUUAUGGCUGGUUAUGACACCUACAUAAGAGUGUCAAAACCCACAAACCCUACCACCAAAGGUAAAACAUUCCAUUACACCGUAGCCUACUUGUCUACAGUAUGUUUAUGUUAUAUAUAUAUAUAUAUAUAUAUAUAUAUAUAUAUUUUUUUUUUUUAAAUUAUCAUUGUAAUUGCACACACAUUGAUGUCAGACAUGCACCUACCCCAAUGCUCUGUCGCUGAUGACUGGGAUGAAUGCAGGAGCAGAUUUCAGGAGCAGGACAAGACACCCUCUUUUUGACUGAUGACUGACAUAAGGGCAUGUACGUGAUAGGCCUAUCUGGCUCAUAUGAUUAUGAUGGUCAUAAUGCUUCUUGACAGUGUCAUAGUGUAUUUUCUUAGUCCAAGUAAAGUGACAAAGGAUGUUCAUAAUGCUUCAUGACUGGAUCAUAAAGUAUAUUUUCUACAAGUUAUUUAAAAUAUGAUGAAAAAAACAUGACUGUAAAGAAUUCAUUACAACAACAACAAAGGAUUCAAGAAACAAACUUUCAAACGAAAAUAAACUUAUUGGCAGGGAAAAAAAUAAUUUGAAUAAAUGUUGGUUUUGACACUCUUAUGUAGGUGUCAUAAUCAGCCAUAAAAUAAUGCAUAAAAUAAUGCAAUAUAUGUCACAACAGGUGUAAAUAUAUGGGUCAUGACAGUUAUGACCAUAUGAUGACAGGUUAUGACAAGUUAUGUCAGCUGUUAUGACAUAUUAUAACAUGGUUAUGACCCUGUUAUGACACUGGGUGUCAAGUAAAGUGUUACCCUUAAUACUGUCUGUAUCCUUCAGAAACACAACCAUAACCCUAUAUGGCAUGCUUUUUUUUAUAUGAAUGCAGUUAUACAGUAGUGAUAGACAGUAAGAUUAUACUCCAUAAUAUACACCCAUCUAGUACUGGGUCGGACCCCCCUUUGCCUCCAGAACAGCCUCAAUUCUUCGGGGCAUCGAAAUGUUGCUCAAUUUUUAUCAAGGGACCUAACGUGUGCCAGGAAAACAUUCCCCACACCAUUACACCACCGCCACCAGCCUGUACCGUUGACACCUGGCAGGAUGGGGCCAUGAACUCAUACUGCUUAUGCCAAAUCCUCACUCUGCCAUCAGCAUGAAGCAACAGGAACCAGGAUUCGUCGGACUAGGCAACGUUUUUCCACUCCUCAACUGUCCAGUGUUGGUGAUUCCGUGCCUACUGGAGCCGCUUCUUCUUGUUUUUAGCUGAUAGGAGUGGAAGCCGGUGUGGUCGUCUGCUGCAAAAGCCCAUACGUGACAAGGACAGACGAGCUGUGUGUUCCGAGAUGACUUUCUGCACACCACUGUUGUACUGCGCUAUUAUUUGCCUGUUAGCUUGCAUGAUUCUUGCUAUUCUCCUUUUGACCUCUCAUCAACAAGCUCUUUUUCGGGCCACAGGACUGCCGCUGACUGGAUGUUUUUUGUUUGUCGCACCAUUCUGGGUAAACCCUAGACCCUGUCGUGUGUGAAAAGCCCAGGAGGCCAGGCGUUUCUGAGAUACUGGAACUGGCUCGCCUGGCACCGACGAUCAUACCACCGUACCACGCUCAAAGUAGCUUAGGAUCAUACCACCAUACCACGCUCAAAGUAGCUUAGGAUCAUACCACCAUACCACGCUCAAAGUAGCUUAGGAUCAUACCACCAUACCACGCUCAAAGUAGCUUAGGAUCAUACCACCAUACCACGCUCAAAGUAGCUUAGGAUCAUACCACCAUACCACGCUCAAAGUAGCUUAGGAUCAUACCACCAUACCACGCUCAAAGUAGCUUAGGAUCAUACCACCAUACCACGCUCAAAGUAGCUUAGGAUCAUACCACCAUACCACGCUCAAAGUAGCUUAGGAUCAUACCACCAUACCACGCUCAAAGUAGAUUAGGAUCAUACCACCAGACCACGCUCAAAGUAGCUUAGGAUCAUACCACCAGUACCACGCUCAAAGUAGCUUAGGAUCAUACCACCAUACCACGCUCAAAGUAGCUUAGGAUCAUACCACCAUACCACGCUCAAAGUAGCUUAGGAUCAUACCACCAUACCACGCUCAAAGUAGCUUAGGAUCAUACCACCAGACCACGCUCAAAGUAGCUUAGGAUCAUACCACCAUACCACGCUCAAAGUAGCUUAGGAUCAUACCCUCGUACCACGCUCAAAGUAGCUUAGGAUCAUACCACCAGACCACGCUCAAAGUAGCUUAGGAUCAUACCACCAGACCACGCUCAAAGUACCUUAGGAUCAUACCACCAGACCACGCUCAAAGUAGCUUAGGAUCAUACCACCAGACCACGCUCAAAGUAGCUUAGGAUCAUACCACCAUACCACGCUCAAAGUAGCUUAGGAUCAUACCACCAGACCACGCUCAAAGUAACUUAGGAUCAUACCACCAGACCACGCUCAAAGUAGCUUAGGAUCAUACCACCAGACCACGCCCAAAGUAGCUUAGGGUCAUACCACCAGACCACGCUCAAAGUAGCUUAGGAUCAUACCACCAUACCACGCUCAAAGUAGCUUAGGAUCAUACCACCAGACACGCACUCUCAAGUAGCUUAGGAUCAUACCACCAUACCCACGCUCAAAGUAGCUUAGAUCAUACCACCAGACCACGCUCAAGUAGCUUAGGAUCAUACCACCCAGACCAUACCACCAUACCACUCUCAAAGUAGCUUAGGAUCAUACCACCAUACCACGCUCAAAGUAGCUUAGGAUCAUACCACCAUACCACUCUCAAAGUAGCUUAGGAUCAUACCACCAUACCACGCUCAAAGUAGCUUAGGAUCAUACCACCAUACCACGCUCAAAGUAGCUUAGGAUCAUACCACCAGACCACGCUCAAAGUAGCUUAGGAUCAUACCACCAUACCACGCUCAAAGUAGCUUAGGAUCAUACCACCAUACCACGCUCAAGUAGCUUAGGAUCAUACCACCAGACCACGCUCAAAGUAGCUUAGGAUCAUACCACCAUACCACUCUCAAAGUAGCUUAGGAUCAUACCACCAUACCACGCUCAAAGUAGCUUAGGAUCAUACCACCAUACCACUCUCAAAGUAGCUUAGGAUCAUACCACCAUACCACUCUCAAAGUAGCUUAGGAUCAUACCACCAUACCACGCUCAAAGUAGCUUAGGAUCAUACCACCAUACCACUCUCAAAGUAGCUUAGGAUCAUACCACCAUACCACGCUCAAAGUAGCUUAGGAUCAUACCACCAUACCACGCUCAAAGUAGCUUAGGAUCAUACCACCAACACGCUCAAAGUAGCUUAGGAUCAUACCACGCUCAAGUAGCUUAGGAUCAUACCACCAUACAUCUCAAAGUAGCUUAGGAUCAUACCACCAGACCACGCUCAAAGUAGCUUAGGAUCAUACCACCAUACCACGCUCAAAGUAGCUUAGGAUCAUACCACCAUACCACGCUCAAAGUAGCUUAGGAUCAUACCACCAGACCACGCUCAAAGUAGCUUAGGAUCACUCAUUUGGCCCAUUCUAACGUUCAAUAGAACAGUAACUGAAUGCCUUGAUGCCCGUCUGCCUGCUUUAUAUAGCAAGCCACAUCCACGGACACGUGACUCAUUCUGUUUCUUCUACUGAAGACUGUAUAAUACUGUUUAAGAUGUUAUUUUAGAAAAAGAUGGACACAACUUUCUUACAGUAAAACAAACAUUGAAUCUUUAUUUUACUUUGGUAAAAAAAAAAGUAUAUAAAGUAAAUGUAUAUGUGUACUGUAUAUGUAUGUGUGACUAUAUAUGUUAAAUAUGUUAUAUAUGUUAAAUAUGUUAUGUUAUAUAUGUUAAAUGACAUCUAUAAAAUAUCCUUGUCUUCUCCCAGUUGUCCAGCAGGUUUCAUAGGGGACUUCUGUGAGAUGGACGUUAAUGAAUGCUGUUCAGAUCCAUGUCUCCACGGGGCUAUCUGCCAAGACCUGCUUAACGGAUACGUCUGCCACUGCAGGGCAGGUGAGUACAUUAACUAAGAUUGGUAACAGUUAUAAUGCAUUACGAGGCUGUUAUAAUGAAGCAAUAAGGCAAGAGGAGGUUUGGUAUAUGGCCAAUCUACCACGGCUAAGAGCUUUUCUUAAGCGCGACGCAACGUGGAGUGCCUGGAUACAGCCCUUAGCCGUGGUAUAUCGGCCAUAUACCACAAACCCCCCAGGUGCCUUGUUGCUAUUAUAAAAAGUCAUUUUGCUUCAUAUCCAUGGCAUAUUGUCUGAUAUACCACAGCUUUCAGCCAAUCAGCAUUCAGGGCUCUAACUACCCAGUUUAUAAUGCGUUAUAUGACCUGGUUCAUGGCUACAUCUGCCACUUCAGGGCAGGUAAGUCACUGGACAUCAACUAAGAUGGGAGGUGAAUCUCAAUAGUAGGAAGGUGUUCCUAAUGUUUUGUACACUCAGUGUAUAUAUUAAUGUUAUAUGAAAUACAGUACCAGUCAAAAGUUUGGACACACCAACUAAUCCAAGGGUUUUUCUUAAUUUUGUACUAUUUUCUACAUUGUAGAAAAAUAGUGAAGACAUCAAAACUAUGAAAUAACACUACAUGGAAUCAUGUAGUAACCAAAAAAGUGUUAAACAAGGGCUAUUUGACCAAGAAGGAGACUGAUGGAGUACUGCAUCAGAUGAUCUGGCAUCAACUAUCACCGACCUCAACUCAGUUGAGAUGGUUUGGGAUGAGUUGGACCGCAGAGUGAAGGAAAAGCAGCCAACAAGUGCUCAGCAUAUGUGGGAACUCCUUCAAGACUGUUGGAAAAGCAUUCCAGGUGACUACCUCAUGAAGCUGGUUGAGAGAAUGCCAAGAGUGUGCAAAGCUGUCAUCAAGGCAAAGCGUGGCUACUUUGAAGAAUCUAAAAUCUAUUUUGAUUUAUUUAACACUUUUUUUGGUUACCAAAUUAUUCCAUACAGUGGGGAGAACAAGUAUUUGAUACACUGCCGAUUUUGCAGGUUUUCCUACUUACAAAGCAUGUAGAGGUCUGUAGUUUUUAUCAUAGGUACACUUAAACUGUGAGAGACGGAAUCUAAAACAAAAAUCCAGAAAAUCACAUUGUAUGAUUUUUAAGUAAUUAAUUUGCAUUUUAUUGCAUGACAUAAGUAUUUGAUCACCUACCAACCAGUAAGAAUUCCGUCUCUCACAGACCUGUUAGUUUUUCUUUAAGAAGCCCUCCUGUUCUCCACUCAUUACCUGUAUUAACUGCACCUGUUUGAACUCGUUACCUGUAUAAAAGACACCUGUCCACACACUCAAUCAAACAGACUCCAACCUCUCCACAAUGGCCAAGACCAGAGAGCUGUGUAAGGACAUCAGGGAUAAAAUUGUAGACCUGCACAAGGCUGGGAUGGGCUACAGGACAAUAGGCAAGCAGCUUGGUGAGAAGGCAACAACUGUUAGUGCAAUUAUUAGAACAUGGAAGAAGUUCAAGAUGAUGGUCAAUCAACCCUCGGUCUGGGGCUCCAUGCAAGAUCUCACCUCGUGGGGCAUCAAUGAUCAUGAGGAAGGUGAGGGAUCAGCCCAGAACUACACGGCAGGACCUGGUCAAUGACCUGAAGAGAGCUGGGACCACAGUCUCAAAGAAAACCAUUAGUAACACACUACGCCGUCCUGGAUUAAAAUCCUGCAGCGCACGCAAGGUCCCCCUGCUCAACCUAGCGCAUGUCCAGGCCCAUCUGAAGUUUGCCAAUGACCAUCUAGAUGAUCCAGAGGAGGAAUGGGAGAAGGUCAUGUGGUCUGAUGAGACAAAAAUAUAGCUUUUUGGUCUAAACUCCACUCGCCGUGUUUGGAGGAAGAAGAAGGAUGAGUACAACCCCAAGAACACCAUCCCAACCGUGAAGCAUGGAGGUGGAAACAUCAUUCUUUGGGGAUGCUUUUCUGCAAAGGGGACAGGACGACUGCACCGUAUUGAGGGGAGGAUGGAUGGGGCCAUGUAUCGCGAGAUCUUGGCCAACAACCUCCUUCCCUCAGUAAUCAAUCAAUUUCAAUCAAUUUUAUUUUAUAUAGCCCUUCUUACAUCAGCUAAUAUCUCGAAGUGCUGUACAGAAACCCAGCCUAAAACCCCAAACAGCUAGUAAUGCAGGUGUAGAAGCACGGUGGCUAGGAAAAACUCCCUAGAAAGGCGAAAACCUAGGAAGAAACCUAGAGAGGAACCAGGCUAUGAGGGGUGGCCAGUCCUCUUCUGGCUGUGCCGGGUGGAGAUUAUAACAGAACCAUGCCAAGAUGUUCAAAAAUGUUCAUAAGUGACAAGCAUGGUCAAAUAAUAAUCAGGAAUAAAUCUCAGUUGGCUUUUCAUAGCCGAUCAUUAAGAGUUUGAAAACAGCAGGUCUGGGACAGGUAGGGGUUCCAUAACCGCAGGCAGAACAGUUUAAACUGGAAUAGCAGCAAGGCCAGGCGGACUGGGGACAGCAAGGAGUCACCACGGCCGGUAGUCCCGACGUAUGGUCCUAGGGCUCAGGUCUCUCAGUUGGCUUUUCAUAGCCGAUCAUUAAGAGUUGAAAACAGCAGGUCUGGGACAGGUAGGGGUUUCGUAGCCGCAGUAAGAGCAUUGAAGAUGGGUCGUGGCUGGGUCUUCCAGCAUGACAACGACCCGAAACACACAGCCAGGGCAAGUAAGGAGUGGCUCCGUAAGAAGCAUCUCAAGGUCCUGGAGUGGCCUAGCCAGUCUCCAGACCUGAACCCAAUAGAAAAUCUUUGGAGGGAGCUGAAAGUCCGUAUUGCCCAGCGACAGCCCCGAAACCUGAAGGAUCUGGAGAAGGUCUGUGUGGAGGAGUGGGCCAAAAUCCCUGCUCCACUGUGUGCAAACCUGGUCUAGACCUACAGGAAACGUAUGAUCUCUGUAAUUGCAAUCAAAGGUUUCUGUACCAAAUAUUAAGUUCUGCUUUUCUGAUGUAUCAAAUACUUAUGUCAUGCAAUAAAAUGCAAAUUCAUUACUUAAAAAUCAUACAAUGUGAUUUUCUGGAUUUUACAGACCUCUACUUGCUUUGUAAGUAGGAAAACCUGCAAAGUCGGCAGUGUAUCAAAUACUUGUUCUCCCCACUGUAUGUGUUAUUUCAUAGUUUUGAUGUCUUUAUUAUUAUUCUACGAUGUAGUAAAUAGUAAAAAUAAAGACAAACCCUUGAAUAAGUAGGUGUGUCCAAACUUUUAACUGGUACUGUAUAUACCUGGUUAACGCAACCUCUAACUGCAGGGCAGGUAAGUCACUGUUACAGUUAUACAACUAUUUGUAGUCCAGCGCAUAUCCAGUAAGUCACUGGACAUGGACACAGUUCUGCUUUAUCGCUUUUCUAGCAGGCCUACAGUGGCUUGUGAAAGUAUUCACCCCCCUUGGCAUUUUUCCUGUUUUGUUGACUUACAACCUGGAAUUAAAAUUGAUUUUGGGGGGGUUUGUAUCAUUUGAUUUACACAACAUGCCUACCACUUUGAAGAUGGAAAAUAUUUUUUUUUGUGAAACAAACAAGAAAUAAGACAAACAAACAGAAAACUUGAUAGUGCAUAACUAUUCACCCCCCCCCCCCCCCCCCCCCCCCCCCCCCCCCCCCGCCACCCCAAAGUCAAUACUUUGUAAAGCCACCUUUUGCAGCAAUUACAGCUGCAAGUCUCUUGGGGUAUGUGUCUAUAAGCUUGGCACAUCUAGCCACUGGGAUUUUUGCCCAUUCUUCAAGGAAAAACUGCUCCAGCUCCUUCAAGUUGGAUGGGUUCCGCUGGUAUACAGCAAUCUUUAAGUCAUACCACAGAUUCUCAAUUGGAUUGAGGUCUGGGCUUUGACUAGGCCAUUCCAAGACAUUUAAAUGUCUCCCCUUAAACCACUCGAGUGUUGCUUUAGCAGUAUGCUUAGGGUCAUUGUCCUGCUGGAAGGUGAACCUCCGUCCCGGUCUCAAAUCUCUGGAAGAGUGAAACAGGUUUCCCUCAAGAAUUUCCCUGUAUUUAGCACCAUCUAUCAUUCCUUCAAUUCUGACCAGUUUGCCAGUCCCUGCCGAAGAAAAAAUCCUCACAGCAUGAUGCUGCCACCACCAUGCUUCAUUGUGGAGAUGGUGUUCUCGGGGUGAUGAGAGGUGUUGGGUUUGCGCCAGACAUAGCGUUUUCCUCGAUGGCCAAAAAGCUCAAUUUCAGUCUCAUCUGACCAGAGUACCUUCUUCCAUAUGUUUGGGGAGUCUCCCACAAGCCUUUUGGCGAACACCAAACGUGUUUGCUUAUUUUUUUCUUUAAGCAAUGGCUUUUUUUCUGGCCACUCUUCCGUAAAGCCCAGCUUUGUGGAGUGUACGGCUUAAAGUGGUCCUAUCGACAGAUACUCCAAUCUCCGCUGUGGAGCUUUGCAGCUCCUUCAGGGUUAUCUUUGGUCUCGUUGUUGCCUCUCUGAUUAAUGCCCUCCUUGCCUGGUCUGUGGGUUUUGGUGGGUGGCCCUCUCUUGGCAGGUUUGUUGUGGUGCCAUAUUCUUUCCAUGUUUUAAUAAUGGAUUUAAUGGUGCUCCGUGGGAUGUUCAAAAUUGUGGAUAUUGUUAUUAUAACCCAACCCUGAUCUGUACUUCUCCACAACUUUGUCCCUGACCUGGUCUUCAUGGUGCCGCUUGCUUGAUGGUGCCCCUUGCUUAGUGGUGUUGCAGACUCUGGGGCCUUUCAGAACAGGUGUAUAUAUACUGAGAUCAUGUGACAGAUCAUGUGACACUUAGAUUGCACACAGGUGGACUUCAUUUAAAUAAUUAUGUGACUUCUGUAGGUAAUUGGUUGCACCAGAUCUUAUUUAGGGGCUUCAUAGCAAAGGGGGUGAAUACAUAUGCACGCACCACAUUUCCGUUAUUUAUUUUUAUUUUUAAACAAGUUAUUUUUUUCAUUUCACAUCACCAAUUUGGACUAUUUUGUGUAUUUCCAUUACAUGAAAUCCAAAUAAAAAUCAAUUUAAAUUACAGGUUGUAAUGCAACAAAAUAGGAGAAACGCGAAGGGGGAUGAAUACUUUUGCAAGGCACUGUAUGUGUUGCAGAAUUCUGAUGAUGUACAAUGAUGAUUGACAUUAUCAAUAAUUUUGUUAGGAUUCAAAGCAAAUCAAUCUGUUUUUCAUCUCAGAGUAAAUUCAGAUAACAGGCCUAGAUAUCUUUAAAAACAUGUUGCAAUAGAUUCUAAAUGCUUUUCUUACCACUUCAAUGAUUUAUGGUGAAAAGCUAACACAGCAUCUCUUCAGGUGUGGAUGAAUCACUACUUGUAUUUUGCUUGCAGUUAUAGCAUUCAUUUGACAUUUUUACACUUUAGUCAUAUAGCAGACGGAUCUGUGUCUGCACCACGUGCUCUCACUACUGGUGUCCACCAGGGCUCAGAUCUGUGUCUGCACCACGUGCUCUCACUACUGGUGUCCACCAGGGCUCAGAUCUGUGUCUGCACCACGAGCUCUCACUACUGGUGUCCACCAGGGCUCAGAUCUGUGUCUGCACCACGAGCUCUCACUACUGGUGUCCACCAGGGCUCAGAACUCUGUCUGCACCACACGCUCUCACUACUGGUGUCCACCAGGGCUCAGAACUCUGUCUGCACCACACGCUCUCACUACUGGUGUCCACCAGGGAUCAGAUCUGUGUCUGCACCACGCGCUCUCACUACUGGUGUCCACCAGGGAUCAGAUCUGUGUCUGCACCACGCGCUCUCACUACUGGUGUCCACCAGGGCUCAGAUCUGUGUCUGCACCACGCGCUCUCACUACUGGUGUCCACCAGGGCUCAGUUCUUUGUUUUGGUGACAACACCGCCGCUUGACAGUACCACCGCUUACAGUGUAGUGGGCAGUAAUAUGUGUAUAUACAGUGUAUAUAAUAUUAUAAAUACCUCAUGUGACUCGUAAUAAGACUAAGCAAUUAGCCUAUUGAAAUGUUUAUCUGACUCCAGAAGAUAAUUAAAAUAUACACGCGAGCAUUAGGCAAUGAGUUGAUAUAGACUAGCAAGAAUUGGUCUGAGAAUGGUGUAUAUCAAAGGCAGAUAUUGAAUUAACAUUGUACAAUGAAUGGAUUCACAUACAAGACAUAACACUUAAGUUACAAGCAUUAACAAGCAUUAACAAGGCAUUAUUCCAAGCAUAUAGAUCCUAAGGUUAACUUACAUGACAAAUCAUGAACACAGAGAUGCUUACUAGACCAGAGGCCUAGAAGCCUAAGAAAUUAGAAUUGAUCAUACAACCUUCCUCCGUGGACUGGAUACAGGAUAAGAGACAGAACAAAGGCAUUUAAUUCCAUUUAUAACAUCUGAAUGUGUAACCUUUCAACCCAAAACCAGCCACCUUUGACCAAUCAAACGAUACCAAGUUCACAGUGUAACCUGACCACCAAGGCCCAAUCUCCACAGGGUGUCACAGCAUCUAAGAGCUUGUGUGGGGGAUGACACCAAUGUAAAUAUGACAGAAUUCCUGAGAGGACCAUAAAACAUUUUUGCACAUAGUAAUUCAGAGUUCACCCCUAUACAGAUACAAGUAACCGCAGAGAUCAUACAUCCAUAUAGAUAGCACCAGAGUUGUCCUCAGUGAACAAGUUUCAGAUAGAUACCAAACAUGGAUGCUAUAGCAUUAUUCUAUCACAUUCGGUAGUCAGUCCUCUGAAUACUGUAACGGAGAGAAACAUUUUGGCCCCUCAGAGGGGAAGGGCUGACUGGUCCUUUGGCGUUGUCCUCUGUCUUCCAACUCCAGGCGUCAGAGAGCACAUAAAUUAGGGCCGAGCCUACAACAGCUGCCACUGAAAAAACAGGGGAGACUGAAGUACUAGCACUAAUUGCGUAGCAGAGGUGAAAGACACACCUCUAAGCACUGAUUGGUGAUUGCCUGGCAGGGGUGAAGAAACCCCCCCCCCCCCCCCUUCAAGACAACCCUCCCACAAAUUAGCAGGACUGUUACACAAAUAGACCUGAAACUAAUCUAAAUCCACAUAGACGGUCACAAAUACUGAGCAAUCAGACAGUUCAAACAGCAAUGAUUAAGUAGGCUACUAUGUAAAACACAGCACUUAAAUGUAAUUGCCUUACAAGACAAUACCAACAGCUACUAUUGAGUCAACUGUCCUAUAAGACAAUACCAACAUCUACUAUUGAGUCAACUGUCAUAUAAGACAAUACCAACAGCUACUAUUGAGUCAACUGUCCUAUAAGACAAUACCAACAUCUACUAUUGAAUCAACUGUCCUAGAAUACAAUACCAACAUCUACUAUUGAAUCAACUGCCCUAGAAUACAAUGCCAACAUCUACUAUUGAAUCAACUGUCCUACAAGACAAUACCAACAGCUACUAUUGAAUCAACUGCCCUAUAAGACAAUACCAACAUCUACUAUUGAAUCAACUGCCCUAUAAGACAAUACCAACAGCUACUGAGCUGAUGUCCUUCCAAACUAUAGAUGACACACUGAGACUGGAGCCAAGUAAGGUUCCUUAAAUCUAUGAUUAUAAACUAUAGAUGACACACUGAGACUGGAGCCAAGUAAGGCUCCUUAAAUCUAUGAUUAUAAACUAUAGAUUACGCACUGAGACUGGAGCCAAGUAAGGCUCCUUAAAUCUAUGAUUAUAAACUAUAGAUGACACACUGAGACUGGAGCCAAGUAAGGCUCCUUAAAUCUAUGAUUAUAAACUAUAGAUGACACACUGAGACUGGAGCCAAGUAAGGCUCCUUAAAUCUAUGAUUAUAAACUAUAGAUGACACACUGAGACUGGAGCCAAGUAAGGCUCCUUAAAUCUAUGAUUCCAUUUCAAUUGAAGAACAACAUUUAGGCUCUUAUUCUAGAACAACACUUAGACUCUUAUUGUUGAGCUGAAUCUCAGGAGUGAGUCAAAGAACUACACUUCCCAGAGGGCACCAGCAGCAGCAAACCCGGCUGCUUGUCACCUGAUCAGUCAUUUUCACUGAUUUGGAGCACCUGUGAAGGCAUGGAGGGGCUCAGUCAUUCUGAAGAACAAACUUCAGAGAGAAGACUCCAAGUUCACUCACAGGUUCAGUCCAAAGACGCAAAGGGUAAAUGGUUAAUUCAUUGAAGUUAUUUAGAAUGUUUAAACUAAUUUAAGUUCAUUUAAAAUGUUUAAUUAAAAUGGUAACUUUUUGUUCUGUCUUUAAAGGUUUACAACCUAAUUUACUGGCUAAUUUACUGGACAGACCAAUCAACUGAAAGCAAACUAAAAAUAAAAAAGAUUGAGUCGGAAAUUUGAGUUGUCCCUGUGUCCUUUGGAUGGUGAACAAGAGGAGGACUUGACACUUAUUCUAGAAUGGGGACAUAGAGACAGUCCAAGUAGUAUAUUAGUCAACACAGCUUUCUUUGGCACGACAACAACCAUAGGAGUUCGCAAAACAGCACAAAGAGGUCUGGGACAUGGUAGUACAUGUAUUGUGACUUUGGUCGAUUGAAGGAGGCCACAUUCAGGAUCACUGGGUUGUCACAUGUCUAACAAAACACCUAGCCUAUAGCCUCUUUAAAACACCUAGCCUAUAGCCUCAUCAAAACACCUAGCCUAUAGCCUCAUUAAAACACCUAGCCUAUAGCCUCAUCAAACACUAGCCUAUAGCCUCAUAAAGCACCUAGCCUAUAGCCUCAUAAAACACCUAGCUAUAGCCUCAUUAAAACACCUAGCCUAUAGCCUCAUUAAAACACCUAGCCUAUAGCCUCAUUAAAACACCUAGCCUAUAGCCUCAUUAAAACACCUAGCCUAUAGCCUCAUUAAAACACCUAGCCUAUAGCCUCAUUAAAACACCUAGCCUAUAGCCUCAUUAAAACACCUAGCCUAUAGCCUCAUCAAAACACCUAGCCUAUAGCCUCAUCAAAACACCUAGCCUAUAGCCUCAUCAAAACACCUAGCCUAUAGCCUCAGGUCAUCUAUAGAUCUCUUCUAGGCAAAUCCCCGCCUUAUCUUAGCUCAUUGGUUACCAUAGCAACACCCACCUCUAGUAUGCGUUCAAGCAGGUAUAUCUCACUGGUCAUCCCCAAAGCCAACACCUCCUUUGGCCGCCAUUCCUUCCAGUUCUCUGCUGCAAAUGACUGGAAUGAACUGCAAAAAUCUCUGAAGCUGGAGACACUUAUCUCCCUCACUAACUUUAAGCAUCAGUUGUCAGAGCAGCUUACCGAUCACUGUACCUGUACACAGCCCAUCUGUAAUUAGCCCACCCAACUACCUCAUCCCCAUAUUGUUAUUUACAUUGUUAUUUAUUUUGCUCAUUUGCACCCCAGUAUCUCUAUUUGCACAUCAUCUUCUGCACAUCUAUCAUUCCAGUGUUAAUACGAAAUUGUGACUAUUUUGCACUAUGGCCUAUUUAUUGCCUUACCUCCAUAACUUGCUACAUUUGCACACACUGUAUAUAUAUUUUCUGUUGUAUUUUUUGACUUUAUGUUUUGUUUUACCCCAUAUGUAACUCUGUGUUGUUGUUUUUAUUGCACUGCUUUGCUUUAUCUUGGCCAGGUCGCAGUUGUAAAUGAGAACUUGUUCUCAACUGGCUUACCUGGUUAAAUAAAGGUGAAAUAAAAAACAAAAAAACAAAAAAAACAUGUAAACCCCUAGCCUAUAGCCCCAUCAAACUGUAUGUGACACUUAACACCAUUUCUCUCCAUGAACCUUUUGUUGUGUGUGUGUGUGUGUGUGUGCCCCAAAAAAGAAGCAAAGCAGCAAAUCAAAGGAAUCUGAUUGAUAUUCACUUAAGAGGGUGGUGGAUGUGGGUGAAGCUAGGUCUCACCACACUAUGCACACACACACCUCCCUCCACACUGCAGUGCUCAUUCUGUGGGCUUUGUUCCCUGGCAGGUUGGACAGGCCUUCACUGUGAGUUGGACAUUAAUGAGUGCCUUCCCCAGCCCUGCAACCAGGGGAUGUGCAUCCAGAACCAGCCUGGCUACGGCUACACCUGCUUCUGUCGCCCUGGAUUUGUGGUGAGGCUUACCCAGCGCACUCUUCCCUUAUUUUUAUCCUUGCCUCUAUUCUCCUUCAUCCCUGUUGCCUCCCCCUCUUUCUCUGUGUCUGUGUGGAGCUCUCUCUCCCCCUUCUUCCCCUCGGUCUCUCUCUCUCUCUCUCAUCCUCUCUCUCUCUCUUUCUCUGUCUCUGCUGUUCUCCACAUCUGUAAUGUUUAGCAUUUCUUUCAAUAUGUUCUUCUUCUUCUUUCUUUCUCCUCCCAGAAUGUGAUGGUGUUAUAUUUAUCCUCCUAGUCAUGGACAGGAUAAGACUGAAUAUUUACCCUCUAGUACUGGACAGGAUAAGACUGAAUAUUUACCCUCCUAGUCAUGGACGAGGAUAGGCAAGGCUGAAUAUUUACCCCUCCUAAUCAUUGGACAGGAGUAAGGCAGAGGUCUGUAAUAUUUAACCCUCCUAAGCAUGGGCAGGAAUAAGGCGAAGGCUGGAAUAUUUACCCUACUAGUCAUGGACAGGAUCAGGCCGAUGGCUGAAUAUUUUACCCUCCUAUGUCAUGGACAGGAUAAGGCAAUCGAAUAUUUACCCUCCUAGUCCUGACAGGAUGCAUGACAGACCUAAGACUGAAUAUUUACCCUCCUAGUCAUGGACAGGAUAUGCAGGCUGAAUAUUUACCCCCUAGUCAUGGACAGGAUGAGGAGACUGAAUAUUUACCCUCCUAGUCAUGGACAGGAUGAAGAAAUAUACCUCCUAGUCAGGACAGGUGCUGAAUAUUUACCCUCCUUAGUCAUGGACAGUUAGGCAGGACUGACAUAUUUCCCUCCUAUGUCAUGGACAGGAUAAGGCAGAGGCUGAUAUUUACCCUCCUGUCAUGGACAGGAUAAGACUGAAUAUUUACCCUCCUAGUCAUGGACAGGAUAAGGACAUGAAUAUUUACCCUCCUUGUCAUGGACAGGAUAAGGCAGAGCUGAAUAUUUACCCUCCUAGUCAUGGGAAGUGAUAAGGCAGAGGCUGAAUAUUUACCCUCCUAAUCAUGGACAGAAUAAGGCAGAGGCUGAAUAUUUACCCUCUAGUCAUGGACAGGAUAAGGCAGAGGCUGAAUAUUUACCCUCCUAGUCAUGGACAGGAUAAGGCAGAGGCUGAAUAUUUACCCUCCUAUCAUGGACAGGAUAAGGCAGAGGCUGAAUAUUUACCCUCCUAGUCAUGGACAGGAUAAGGCAAGGCUGAAUAUUUACCCUCUAGUCAUGGACAGGAUAAGGCAGAGGCUGAAUAUUUCCCUCCUAGUCAUGGACAGGAUAAGGCAGAGGCUGAAUAUUUACCCUCCUAGUCAUGGACAGGAUAAGGCCAGAGGCUGAAUAUUGACCCUCCUAGUCAUGGACAGGAUAAGGCAGAGGCUGAAUAUUGACCCUCCUAGUCAUGGACAGGAUAAGGCAAGAGGCUGAAUAUUUACCCUCCUAGUCAUGGACAGGAUAAGGCAGAGGCUGUAAUAUUUACCCCUCCUAUCAUGGACAGGAUAAGGCAGAGGCUGAAUAUUACCCUCCUAGUCAUGGACAGAUAAGCAGAGGCUGAAUAUUUACCCUCCUAGUCAUGGACAGGAUAAGGCAGAGGCUGAAUAUUUACCCUCGUAAUCAUGGACAGAAAUAGGCAGAGGCUGAAUAUUUACCCUCCUAGUCAUGGACAGGAUAAGGCAGAGGUUGAGUUCCAUAUGGCACCCUAUUCCCUAUACAGUACACUACUCUUGACCAGAGCCCUAUGGGCCCUAGUCAACAGAAGUGCACUACACACGGUGCCAAUUAGCAUAGGGUGCCAAUUGGGCCGUAUUCAGAGAGAGGUUAUUUAGUUCAGUAUCCCACCACCGUAGAUGUCAGCUGCAGGCGUUUGAGAUCAUUUCUCCUGCUGAUACACAUAAUUGACAUCCUUAUUAAGGUGGCUCGAAUCCUGUCUUCCUUACCAAGCAUCUCAGUGCUAGAGGUGUCUCUACAGACCCCUGAUUCGAUUCCAGGCUGUAUCACAAUCCGACCGGUGAUUGGGAGUCACAUAGGGCGGCGCACAAUUGGCCCAGCGUCGUCCGGGUUUGGCCGGGGUAGGCCAUCAUUGUAAAUAAUAUAUUUUUUUUUAAAGCCCAUGUGUGUGUUUCAAAUGGCACCCUAUUCCCUAUGUAGUGCACUACUUUUGUCCAUGACCUCACAUCAUAGACGGAAUUAUACUCAUAAAUCUAAGGGAAUGGCUAAGAAAAUAAAAUAAUAUUUCUGUUAGAUUAGAUUAUAUAGCUGUGGUCUAAUCUAAUUUGACUAUUUCUAUGGUCUUUUAAUGUUUAUCUAUCUUUCUGUUUCUGUAGUCUAACGUCUAUCUCUGUUUGACAUGUACAGGGGAAGAACUGUGAGCACAAUUACGAUGACUGCCUGCUCCAGCCGUGUCCGGGAGGAUACUCCUGUGUUGAUGGUAUCAACAAGGUCAGCUGUCAGCCAGCCGAGGGGGACAUGUCCUCUGUGCCCUGGGAGCCUUCUAUAACACAAACCCCAUGGGGCUCUCUGCUCACCACGUCACCAGUGUCACCGUACAGUGAACAACCAACAGGUAUGGAGGUCAAUCGUAAGACCACAGUCGUAUAA